AUGGAGGAGCGGGGCGUGCGCCGCUUCAAUGGCGAAGAAGAUGAUCCUGGCAAGCAGCUCAAGCGAUGGAAGGCUUGGGCACAGGCCAAGAUGAUCACCAUGAAGGACCUCAGCCCCAAGCAGCAAGGACCCUGGCUUCUCACUCUGCUCGAAGGUAAAGCUUGGGACGCUGUGGAACACCUGGAACUGAAUGACCUCCACCAAGAAGGAGGUGCCGAGAUGCUCUGGCGACUGCUUUCCGAGCGCUUCCCUGAGAAGGAGCCCCACGAUCAGAUGGGCGAAGCCCUUGGAGAGGAAGUCUUCCAGAAAUGCUUCAGGAAGGCCCAGGUGAAGUUCCCCUCGGAAGCUCAAGGCUGGAUCAUGCUGCACUGCGCCGGACUCAAUGAGGAGCAGAAGGCGAUUGUGAAGGCAAAGACUCAAGGGAACUUGGAGAGUGAGAAGAUAGCAGCAGCUUUGCGGUCUUGCUUUCCGGCCUAUCGAGCAUCGUCCUCCAAAGCAAGAAGGCCAGUGUCUACGCUUGUUGUCGAGGAAGAUGGAAACUGCAUCGGCAAUCCGGAUCCUGAUGAGGACUUUCUCGACGUCGAGACUUUCCUUGCCGACCACCAACAGCACUCUGCAAUGGAGGAUGAGACCAUCCCCGAAGCUGAUGCUGCCGAGGCGCUAGCUGUCAGCUGGAAGGACCGCCGGUCAGAAAUCAAUAAGCUGCAGCAAUCCCGGAAGUUUGGGGCGGUCAAGGAUGUUCGCAGGUCCUUUCGCAUCGAGGUUGAGGAGCUGAAGUCCUCGGCCAGCAACCGGGAGCUACCCCCUUCUGCUGCAGCCGAUGUGCAUCUGGCUGAAACUGGAUCAGGCGGACCCGUGGCGGAGGAAGAGGAGGACGUGAUCUUCAUAGGGGCGGCCGAGAUCUUCAGCAUGGAUGCGGAGACCGAGGGAGGCCUGGUGUCAUCUCCGGGUUACGGCGUGAUAGACAGCGGCUGCGGUCGCACUCUGAUCGGUCGCUCCACGCUGGACAAGCUGCAGGUUCAGUUGACCAACCUUGGCCAGGACGAACCUCUGCAGUACCCCCACGAGAACGUUUUCCGGUUUGGGAAUGGCCAGACAGAGACUUCUCUCAUGUCUGUCCGGAUCCCUGUGGGCAUCUGCAAGAGAUUCGGGUACAUCGAUGCUGCGGUGAUCGAAGGUCGAGCUCCACUUCUGCUAGGACGUCCGUCCUUGGAGAAGUUGGAGGUUGGGUUGGACUUUGCCAAUCGCCGGAUGAACCUGCUCAAGCAAUCGGAGGCGGUACCCAUGGUGACCAACCAAGCUGGACAGCUUCUGGUGAGCAUUCUGGACUUCCCCAGUGCUGAGGCCUGCGCCAGAGCCAGGUGCGAAAUGAAGAGCCGCAGCCGGGUGGCUGUUGCUGAGCUGUUCUCACCGCCUCGUUUUGCAAAGGCAGCUAAGCAGAUCGGUCUCGACGGCCUGUCAUUUGAUAUCCAACAGGGCUGGGAUCUUUUGGACCCCUCCGUUCAAGAGGAAGUUGAUGCCAUGUUGGAUGAAGCUUGUAGAACGCAAUCAGGACAACUGUUGAGCGCCUUCACUGCCAGCUACACUCCCAAGUUUGUACGGUCCUUUCUACUGGCAAGUGUUCCCACAGCCCUGCAAGCUCGGGAGAUUGCCUUAGCGGACCUUGAUUUGGAGUGCCUUGCAGCUGAUGCUCCAGCAAGUGAUCAGGAAGAGCAGCAGGAUCACUCUCGCAUCGACGCUGCCCUCAAAAAGCUGCAUAGCAAUUUGGGGCACCCCUCUCAAAGGGAGUUGAUUCGGGUCCUCAAGCACAGCCGAGCAAGUGAUCAUGCAAUUGCUCGAGCGCAGCUGCUGCAGUGCGCCGUGUGUGCAAAUCAGCACCGCCCAGCUGCCGCCCUGCCUGCUAACGCAUCUCGUGUUACGGAGUUCAAUGCUAAGGUAGGCAUGGAUGUGAAGUACCUGCCAGGUAAGCAAUCGGAUCCUCGGGACACUCCUCUCAGCCGUCCUGACGAGGAGAAAUUCGAAGACUUCGCCGAAAUGAUGCAAGAUCUAGUGCCCAGUCAAUUGUCCCGUGCCCUCAUCCUUCAAAUCUUGGUAAGCAAGAAGUGGACCAUGUGCCUAGGGGAUAUCAAAGGUGCGCAUGUGGAUGAUACCAUCACUGGAGGAGAGGGUGCUGAGAUCGCCUCAUUGAAGCAACGCUUUCCCUAUCGCAAGUGGCGCAUUGGAAACGGUGAAUUCUGUGGGACCAUGUACACUCAGCUGUCGCCGGAAGAGAUGACCCAGUUCUACCAGACCCUGGGUACGCUCCGCAAUGAAGGCCUUCUCCCGGAGAUCUUGCAACUCAUCCAGGAGAGCUACAGUGGCAUGACAGCUGGCGGCAUGACCGAUGCCUCCAAACGGCUGAGUGAUGCUGCUGACGACACUUGGGAACAGGUGUCUGGCUCUUCGCUCGAUGGCGCUGCCUGCGCAGAGGUCUCCGAGAAGCAGUCCCUGAGCUAUCCCAACCGCAAGAUGGCCAAGACUCCUGGGACGACGUCCAGCGCUGACAAGGAUCACUUGUCACAGGCAGACCUUCCUCCUGGAGUCCAGACCUUCGAACAGUGGGGUCUGACCAUGUGUGAGCUUCCAAAAGUGGUUCACCGCAAGCUCAGCUACGCGGAGAUCUGGAAGCUGUACCAGGAUUCGGACCCGGAAAUGUUGACCUACGUGAAGUUCAUCCUGAGCCAUCGUGGCUCUUCCAUCAAGGUGCAAGAUUUGGCCCGCUAUCUGAGGGCCAUGAAGUCGGAGAAGCCCGCAGUGAUGUAUCCGAACAGCACCGAGGCUUGGGAAGCUGCGGGGGUCAUCAGGCGGAGGAUGAAGGCUGGAUCGGAGUGGUUGGAUGUCCCUGGCAACAAGCAGGAGGCCGAGGGUGCGGAGGGGGACCGGGUGAUGAGCACUAUGGCAUUGGCCCGCAAUGCGGACGCGGUUCUUGCAGUGGCUCAAAGGUAUGCCCCGAAGAAGGUGAAGGUGAAAACGUUGAUGCAGCCUAUCUACAAGCUCUACGAGAGCUUCAGCUGCAUCCCGAACAAGACGCAGUGCUACGUGGACGCAUGGCUGGUGCGGCGUUUGUACACAUACGACAAAUCGGUGCGGGCCAUUUUCAAGGUGCUUCACGACUUCAGCCGUGAGGGCUCCGAUUCGGAGGAGGAUGAUGAUUCGGACGAGGAGUCCAGCGAUUCCGAGGUGCCGAGCUAUGAGGACUGCGACAUGAUGAACUCCGCAGAUGCGGCGGCUGUGGAGAGCGAGGAGCAGAACGAGGAGAGCGAUCAGCUCGAGCGUCAGGCCAGGAAGGCCGCCAGGAAGGCCAAGCAGCAGAAGGACGACAAGCAGCAGAAGGACGACAAGCAGCAGAAGGACGACAAGCAGCAGAAGGAUGACACGGAGCAGAAGGACGAUGAGAAAUGCAAGCUUGAAGCCGAGCUGGCAGCGCUGCUGGCAGAGAUUGCGGCAGUGCGGGCAGAGAGGCCUGCGGAGGGAUCCCGAGUGAUUCGGAACCUGCGGAUCCUGGUGAUGGGGAACCUGCGGAUCCUGCACCUGUGCUUCGGGGCAACCCAGAUCAGGAUUCUCGCUCGGGUCUUCGGUCGCGAAAUCAUGAUCGAGGAGACACAGGUCUACCAGAUCGUGGAGAGGGAGACCAUGGAGACCCCCCAGCCGGUGGACAAGGGGUUUGUUGACGAGACGCCGGAGAAGGCAGGGUGCAUGGGCCAUUGA